ACCCAUUUCUUGAUUGACUUUUUUGUAGACUUUUGGGCUGCUACCAGCGGCGCGUGAUUCGCCUUGUCUGAAGGAAUCGCUGUUGCUCUUCUCAAUUCUCUCGAGAUUUUCGUCGCCUGGUUUUCUCGGUGUAAAGUUGAGGUGUACGAUUCGAUUCAUUUAAACGAAUCUGUUCUGCAGCUAUAGUUGAGGAAGUCACCGAUUAAAUCCUACAGAUAUGUCCUCUUGUUUUCCUUGCUCACGUAGUAGAAGAUUAGAUCCAGGGACCCACGAUCCCGAGUUUGAUGAUGAGCUCUCGGAAAUCCGUAUUAAUCUUUUCUCGUACAAGGAGCUGAGAAAAGCUACAAAUGAUUUCAGUCCAGCUAAUAAAAUUGGAGAGGGAGGAUUUGGUUCUGUUUUCAAGGGGAAACUUAGGAACGGACCUAUGGCAGCAAUUAAAGUUCUCUCUUCUGAAUCAAGACAAGGCGUAAAAGAGUUCUUGACUGAGAUUCAAGUGAUUUCGGAUAUAAAGCAUGAAAACCUAGUGAAGCUAUACGGUUGUUGUGCGGAAGGCAACCACCGGAUCCUAAUCUACAACUACCUCGAGAAUAACAGCCUAGCCGAAUCACUAAUUGGUGGCAGUCGUAAAAGCAUCCACUUUAACUGGAAAACGAGGGUUAAAAUUUGCAUUGGAGUUGCAAAGGGGCUUGCCUUCCUUCAUGAGGAAGUGACGCCACAUAUUAUCCAUAGGGACAUAAAAGCGAGCAAUAUUCUUCUCGACGAAGAUUUGAACCCGAAAAUUUCCGAUUUUGGCCUUGCCAAGCUCAUCCCUUCCACCGUGACACAUGUCAGUACGCGGGUGGCUGGAACCAUAGGUUAUUUGGCACCGGAAUAUGCAAUAAGAGGCCAACUUACACGCAGAGCGGAUAUCUACAGUUUCGGUGUUCUUCUUAUCGAAAUAGUCAGUGGGAGAUGCAAUACCAAUAGAAAAUUACCCGUCGAUGAACAAUUCAUUCUUGAAAGGGCGUGGAAACUUUACGAGAAAAACGAGUUGGUGGCACUGGUGGACACGUCACUAGACGGAGAAUUCGAUCCGGUCGAGGCUUGCAGAUUCCUAAAGAUCGGUCUUUUAUGCACUCAAGACUCACCGAAGCUUCGGCCCACUAUGUCGAAUGUUGUCCAAAUGCUUAUUGGUAAGAAAGAUGCCGAUGAAAUUACGGUAACCAAACCGGGUUUGAUUUCGGAUAUAAUGGACUUGAAGAAUAGAAGCAAUCCCAAACCGGAGCAAGAUAUUGAUCUUACUACAUCCUCAAAUUACGACUCCUCUGGUUCCAACACUUUGGUGAACACGAGUUUUACUUUUGCACCUUCUUCUCAGACUACCGCGACUUUUAGUCAAAGCAGCAUUUGAAGAUAUACGUUUAUAAUUACGCACGUGUGUAGAGAGGUUUGUGAUUUGUUUCGAACUCUAUUGAUGAUUUUUUUUUUUUUUGCAUCCUUUUCGUGUCUCUCUCCUAUUUGUUCAUACGUAAAGAAUUCACCACCAGCUGUGAAUAAAUGUAAAUUUUCAUGUAGGUGUGUGUUAUUUGACUUAUUUAUACACGUGGAUUUAAGAAGCAACAA